AUGAUAAUUUACUUUACAUUAUAUUAUGCAUUAAAGUACUCGUUGAACUUAAUUGGCAGUGUUAAUGGAAAGGACCGGUUGAUUGUCACCCCUACUGUUAAUGAGAGGUUGAAGAAGGAUGAUGUUGGUAUGUAUCGAAAGCUUGUGGCCGGGUCUUCUUGGAGGAAGCAACAGAUCAGCAACAACAGCAUAUCAGAAGCAGCAUAUCAGAGAAGCAGUUGUGAAACUGAUCUGCUGCUGCUUCUGAUCUGCUGUUGCAGAUCUGUUGUGAGCAGAUCAAAACCAGCAACAUAUCAUAUCAACAUGUGCACAACAAACGGGCAAUACGGAGUGCGGCUACUACGUGAUGAAGUUCAUGUACGAUAUAGUCACAAGAUCUCGAAAAGUUUGAGGUAUGGUACAUUGCCCCGUGAAGCCGUUUGGACAGAGAACCUGACUCCAUGGCUAAAGUUGCUUCCUUGUCGAGAUAAGGCUGGCCUUGCUGAACUAAUGGAUAGACCAUCUAUGUAUCGUGGAUUUUACCAUUCUCAGAGGCUGCACUUGGUUUCUAGUGGCUUUGAUUCGAAUAGCGUUGAUUUAGAAAUUGAACUUGAACAAACCCUUACUGUUGUUCUGCAGCCUUCUACUCAAAGAUGGGCAACGAGUUAUAGCACUGGCUCUGCAAUGCAACCAAGUUGGUCCUUAAGCACAAUAUUUGGAAGGGAAAUCAACAAAAAAAAAUGUAUUCUUGCCAAAUCUAGCAAUGUGUACCUUCAACUUGACAGAGGCCUAGUCUCUGAAAUGAAAAAGAAAGGAUUUCUCCCUGAUUUUGCAACUUCUGAUAUUUCCAUCACUAAUCCAGCGUUUGAAUUGUCACCUUCCCCUGAGAAAAUGAUUAGAGAAGUUGAUAACUUAAAUAAUGUGGAGUCAUCUAUUCUAUAUGUGUUUGUUAUCGAGAAAUAUGUUGAUGCUAAACCAUUUGAUUUAGUACUAACUUGGAAACUUCCCGUAGUAUGGUCUUGUUCUCAAGCACCAUUACUUACUAAUAGAUUCUUGAUGGGAAGUGGUAAUGAAAGGGGUGCUAUAGUUAUCUCACUGAAAUCUAUUAAUCAUCAUCAGAGUUUGGUGGGUACUGGUGCUUAUGGGGAAAAGUGCAACUUGCAUAUCAAUGUUUUUCAAGUUAUCCCUUGGUAUGUUAAGGUUUAUUAUCAUACAUUACGUAUAUACAUUAAUGGUCAAGUUCAACCUGCUGCAAAUGUCACCAGGAAGAUGCGAGUAUCUCCUUCCUACUUAUGAUAUGCUGCUGCUGCUACUUUCGAUAUGAUGUUCAAGCCCAAUAUUGUUGCUCACUCUAUUAAAUCUCUUUCUCGUUUUUAAAUUUAAAUCCAUUAGGACUUGUGAUCAAACACUCAAGACUCAAGUGAUAUUACUCCCAUUGUUCCUUCUCAAUAUACUAAUGAGAUUCCACGACAUGCCUGUAAACAUGCGGGUUGUGAACUAGGCACGAAUAGUCCUUAAUUCAAUUCACAUAGACUUCCCAAACAUACCCUACAUACGGGGUAGAAAAAGUAGUGCAACGAGGCACGAAUACUUGGCUCAAAGUAUGCUAGACAUUACGUACAAUAGCAUAAGAAUAAUACCUUGCUUGUGAAACAACCCAUACAUGCAUAUAAUACAUGAACAACAUGCUUGAUAUUAAAUUCAACGAUCAUAGAUAAUCACAACAUGCUUGUUCAAUAAAAACCAUAAUUCCAUAAUAAUCCAAACAUGUUCGUUCACAAUAUCAAACAUGAAUCCAUAAUAAUUUAAACAUGUUCGUUCACAACAUCAAACAUGAAUCCAUAAUAAUCCAAACAUGUUCGUUCAUAACAUCAAACAUGAAUCCAUAAUAAUCCAAAUCGCAUGAAUCACAAUCUCUAUUAUAUAAGCCAAGAGGGGAGGAACAUUUCAGUAACAUCACUUUUGGUGUCCCCAAGAAAAAAGACUAAAAUAUCACCACUCCUAAUUUAAAUCCUAGCCUCCAUUCCAAACCUUAAAUAUUUUAUCUCUCUUUCACCGCACCCUCGCUCUUUCUCUCUCUACUCCAUCUCCCUAUCUCUUUUUUUUCCGAUUUCUUCUACUCCUCUAAAACCUUUUCCCCGCUUCAUUCUCUCCUCCGUCUUUCGCCGCCGCCUCCAUCGGAAACCACGACGGAGGAGAUUGUUGUUAGGUUAUGACAAAUAUAAACAAUAUAUUUCAUGCGGAAAAAACAUAAACCUAGGAAUCCAAAUUAAUUUCCACAUAGUCAAUUAGCAUAAUUAGGAUACAUACAAUAUGAUGCGUGCCUUCCCUAGCUGCUCCCGAACCGAAUAAAAACAAGUUAAGGACUCCAAAUGCUGCCCCUCCGUAGAUAGUCCACAACACGUUCGGAUCCGCCUCAUAUUCAAUUAACUAGAAUAUUAUCUAAGGUUUUAUGUGCACUCGGAAAGCUUAUUAUUAAUUUUAGGCAAAUUAUUAAAUUCUCUCUUGAACUUAAUGUAUGUGAAUACUUAUUGAAUUGCACUAUAAAUUGUGAUCAUGAACCACAUAUUUAUAGGGUGGAAAUAACGGAGUUAGAAUUCUACUAGGAUUCAAAUAACUAAAUCCAUUUGGAUUCUAGUUAAUCAUUAGAAUUUUACGUUUAAUCAAAUACCUAAGUAUUUCAGAUUUAACUAAAAUAUCCAAUUUGAGUAGAAUUAGGAAAACACGAUUACUUGACAAUGAAUUAAUCCUAACCGGCCAAGGUGAUGCAUGCGUGGCCCUUGAGCCCACGCUGCUACGCAGCCUGCAGCCACCCCUUUGCGCAGCCCGCAACACGAAGGCCCAAGGGCGCCACUGCUUCCUCGCUGGACCAAGGGCGCUGGCAGCAUGCACGCGACCCACUUGGGCGCUGCUGCUGCUCGGCCUGCUCCGCGCGUGCGGGCUUGCUGGGCGCUGGGCCAGCUAACUUCAUGCUGGGCCUUGCGUCUUGCAAGCUCGUUCGUCGAUCGUUUCGUACGUCGCGCUUCCGAUUCGUUUUCCCAUUCCGGAAUUCAUUUUCGAUUCGAACAAAUAUUUAAUAUUUCCGAUUCCGGAAUUUAUUUCCGUAUCGAACAAAUAUUUAAUAUUUCCGUUUCCGGAAUUUAUUUGCGAUUCCGACAAUAUUUCCGAUUUCGGUAAUAUUUUCGUUUCAGGCAAUAUUUCCGAUUCCGGCAAUAUUUCUAUUUCCGAUAAUAUUUUCCGAUACGUACCAUGUUUCUGUUUCCGGCAACAUCUACGACUUGGAUAAUAUUUAUAUUUCCGUCAUGAUCCAUAUUUCCGUUUCCGGCAAUAUCAUCAUUCCCGGAGCAUUCUAUAUUUUGCCUUUUGACGAUUUCAGCUCCCACUGGAACUGAGAUCCGUCGUUUCCGAGUGUUCAUAAAUAGAGUAUUUAAUUUACUUAAAUACUUGAUCCGUUCACGUACUAUUUGUGUGACCCUACUGGUUCAUUCAAGAGUAAGCUGUGGAUUAAUAUUAUUAAUUCCACUCGAACUAAAGCGACCUCUAGCUAGGCAUACAACUCACUUGAUCUCAUUGAAUUAUUAACUUGCAUAAUUAAUUAAUACUGAACCACAUUUAUUAGACUUAGCAUUGAAUGCAUACUUGGACCAAGGGCAUCAUUUCCUCCAGUCUCCCACUUGUCCUUAUGGAUAAGUGUGCAUUGCCUAAUUCCUUUGUCGCUUGAUGCUUGCUCAUGAACAUAAGGUAAGAGUAGUCAUCCUUAUUGUGUCCAGAGGUAUUUCUCGAUUUCAGAGUUUAACUGAUCAAAUAAAAAAAAUCAUAGCCUAUGAUUCAUCUGAGCACGGCCAUGCAUUUUUCAGUUUCUAGCUCUCCGAGUGGCCUUGUACAACUUUCAGCAUCUCAUCCCGAUUUAUGGGAGGACAAUCCCAAUCUUGUGAUCUUGAGGUUAGACUUCGUUUGAUAGGUGAUUACCUAAGCGUUGCCGUUAUAGUCUCCUUUUACGGUGCGACGCUUGACAACGUCAAAGUAACCAGUUCUCAAACAAGUAAUCUCAAGUCAUUCGGGUAUUGAGGAUUAGUGUCUAAUAAUGAAAUGAAAUUUAAUUAUGACAAAUUUGCAUCUCUUACAGUAAAUUUUCAUAGGUCUGUCCGAUACUAGUCUUCUCAAGUAAGUAUCUAAUGCAAAUGAUUGCGACAUUGCCAUGUCCACAUAGUUCAAGAAAUAGAACUACUCGUCAUCUUGCAUUCUAGUCGUCUAGCGUUUUCCAUGCGUCCACCUUUAUAGAAAACUUCCGACCAGGGAUCAUUUUCAACUUUUGACAUUCAAGUUCACUUGAUAGACAUUUCUUAGUCACAGGACUGGUCCUGACAGUCUAUCUUGAAUAUAUCGUCAAAUUGAAAGGACUCAUAAUUCAAUAAACCACAAAUUAAAUGGAAAAAUGAAUUCUAUUCAUUUAUAUGAAUGGUUAACCAAAACGUUUUACAAAGUAUUAAACCCUAAAACUUUAAAACAUUUGUUAAGGACAUCAAAACCAUUCUCCAACAUGCCUUAUUCCCAUAGCUGCAGUGUGCGAGUUGUUCUUCGCUUGCGGCAGAGGUUUAGUUAAUGGAUCUGAGAUAUUGUCUUCAGUUCCAAUCUUUCUUAUCUCGAUUUCUUUUCUUUCAACGAACUCUCUUAGAAGGUGAAACCUACGAAGUACAUGCUUGAAUCUCUGGUGGUGUUUAGGCUCCUUUGCCUGUGAAAUAGCUCCGUUAUUGUCACAAUAUAGAGCUAUUGGUCCUUUACUGGAGGGGACUACACCAAGUUCACCUAUGAACUUCCUUAGCCAAAUAGCUUCCUUUGCUGCUUCAUGUGCAGCAAUGUACUACGCUUCAGUUGUAGAAUCCGCAAUGGUGCUCUGUUUAGCACUUUUCCAGCUUACUGCACCUCCGUUGAGGCAGAAGACAAACCCAGACUGUGAUCUGAAAUCAUCCUUGUCGGUUUGGAAACUUGCAUCUGUAUAGCCUUUAAUAAUUAAUUCAUCAUCUCCGCCAUAAACCAUGAAAUCAUCUUUGUGCCUUUUCAGGUGCUUCAGAAUAUUCUUGGCAGCAGUCCAAUGUGCCUCUCCUGGGUCUGACUGGUAUCUGCUCGUAGCACUGAGUGCAUACGCAACAUCCGGGCGUGUACAUAUCAUAAAAUACAUUAUUGAACCAAUCAAUGAUGCAUAUGGAAUCCCACUCAUUUGUCUACGCUCAUCCAGUGUUUUUGGGCACUGGGUCUUGCUUAGAGUCUUUCCAUGAGACAUGGGUAGGUAUCCUCGCUUGGAGUCUGCCAUAUUGAACCUUUCAAGCACCUUAUUAAUAUAAGUGCUUUGACUAAGUCCAAUCAUCCUUUUAGAUCUAUCUCUGUAGAUCUUGAUGCCCAGUAUGUACUGUGCUCUCCUAGAUCCUUCAUCGAAAAACAUUUCCCAAGCCAAAUCUUAAGAGAGUUCAACAUAGGAAUGUCAUUUCCGAUAAGUAAUAUGUCGUCGAAAUAUAAUACUAGAAAAGCAGUUUUGCUCCCACUGACCUUCUUGUAUACACAAGAUUCGUCUGCGUUCUUGACGAAGCUAAUGUCACUGACUGCUUCAUCAAAACGUAUAUUCCAGCUCCUUGAUGCUUGCUUUAAUCCAUAAAUGGAUUUCUUAAGCUUGCAUACCAUUUUAGAAUUCUUUGGAUCCUCAAAACCCUCAGGUUGUGUCAUAAACACAGUUUUUGUUAAAACGCCGUUUAAGAAAGCGGUUUUGACAUCCAUCUGCCAUAUUUCGUAAUCGUAAUAUGCAGCGAUUGCUAACAUUAUCCGAAUAGACUUUAGCAUUGCAACUGGUGAAAAGGUUUCAUCGUAAUCCACACCGUGGACUUGUAACCUUUUGCAACCAAACUAGCUUUGUAAACUUCUAGUUUCCCAUCCUUGUCCUUUUUCAGUUUGAAAACCCGUUUGCUUCCUAUGGCUUGGUAGCCAUCUGGCAAAUCGACCAAAUCCCAAACUUGGUUUUCAGACAUGGAGUCUAAUUCAUAUUGCAUGGCUUCUCGCCAUUGCUUGGAGCUAGGGCUCGUCAUAGCUUGUUUGUAAGUCGCAGGUUCAUCUCUUUCCAGCAAUAGAACUUCAUGGCUCUCAUUCGUCAAAAUAACUAAGUAUCUUUCCGGUUGAGGCCUAUAUCUCUGCGAUCUACGCGGGGUUACAUUUCUAGUUGGUUCUUGAUUCUCACAAGAUACUUCUAAAGAUCUCUGAGUUUCAACCUGAAUGUCAUCUUGAGAAUUUUCUAGAGUUUGUUGUUCGAAUCGAAUUUCUUCGAGGUCUACUUUUCUACCACUUGUCAUUUUGGAAAUGUGAUCUCUUUCCAAAGAUACCAUCUUGAGCAACAAACACCUUGUUCUCAGAUGUAUUGUAGAAGUAAUACCCCUUUGUUUCCUUUAGGUAGCCCACAAGGAUACAUUUGUCAGAUUUUGGUUGAAGUUUGUCUGAAAUUAAUCGUUUGACGUAUAAUUCACAACCCCAAAUCUUAAGAAAAGACACAUUUGGAGGCUUUCCAAACCAUAACUCAUAUGGAGUCUUUUCGACAGCUUUAGACGGAGCUCUAUUUAGUGUGAGUGCAGCUGUGUUUAGUGCAUGUCCCCAAAGAUUAAAUUGCAUGACUUGUUUAAAUUGCAUGUUUUCUUUUAAAGUUAUUAUUCAUGAUAAAUGUUUAGACCUUGCAUGGUUCAAUGUAUGUUUUAAUUAUUGUUUAUUACUAAAUGUUUUUCACUGCAAUAAAUCCUUUUAGAAGGUAACCUUAAAUUUCCUCGAUUGGCAGUGAAUCCAAGAACGAUUCACGGAAAUGAGAGAAAAUUAGCAAUUUAAAAUGUACGUUUCUUAUAGAGACUUUUAUGGUUGUUUUCAACUAACAAAGUCGAAUUGCAACCCUAUUGGUGCUUGUGAAUUCAAAAUACAAUGUAGUUUCAAAAUCAUAAAGCAUUGAGUUGAACACUCAAUUUUACCAAAGGUUAACAACCGAAUACCUUUUAUUCUCGAAUGAGUCUAGCUCCUAGACAUUCGAAUUGAACGAUAUUCAAAGAACUUUAGAAGAUUCUGGUGAGAUCUUCUAGUUGAAGAAAAUGUUCAACACAAAUAAAAUAGUAAGAACUAUGUUCAAAUGACAUUGGACAUGUCUAAACAAAGUAUAAAAGUCGAUACUUGAGAAGUCAAUCUUAAGACUAUAAGAAAGGGUUCAAGAAAUAGGAAAACAAGGAAAAAGUGAAAAGAAUUUACAAUUCUGUUUCUACCUAUAAAUUUAUGUUUAAAGAUAAGUAACCUAGAAAUCAAAUUUCCUUGGUAUCAUAUACCGCUUGAGGUUUUUACUUCGGUAAUAACUCAAAUAAUGGAAGCUAGUCUACACUAAUGACCUACAAACGGGAAAUGAAGCAUGGCAUUGCUACAUUAGUUGUAGGGUCAUCUAGUUUAUUUUAAGUCCUUUCAAGGUUGGAACUUAAUGGCUAUUUGGUUCCAUAAUCGACAUACCUAAAUUUAUGUUUCAAACACAGAAUGAAUCACAUUAAAAGUAUACAAAAACCUUGUUUGUUUGUUUAUUUGGAUGAAAUGGUCAUUUGCGGGUUGAGUCAUGUAUGCUUGAUUAGAACAAACAACUCUUUAACAAAUAAGAACUUUACUAGGUUCAAAUCAAUCUCUUGAUUUUUAGUUCCACAAAUCUUUGGCAUUGUUACUUAGACCAUAUCAACAAGUUAACAUUCUAAAUCUCCAUAUUGAUGGACUUUUUAAAUUUAAAUGAUUUCUAGAUCAUUCAAGACAAGUUAGUCUUAUUUUUUGAAAGUAACAAAAGAAUGAACUAUUGUUAGAACUCCUAGACAAUGGAAUUCAAAGCUAAAGAAAGAUUUUAUGACUUUUUUAUUUCACCUGGAUUUGAGUGAAUAUGGAUUUAUUUACUCAAUGUGAUAUAAGUUUGAAUCUGUUUGGCUAGUUCAAAGAUUCAGAAGUAUAAAAUACGCUUGGCAAGAAAUCAUAAAUCAUGUUGAUGAUUACUUAGACCAAGAAUGAUCAUCAAUGAUUGUGUGUCGUAAUUUCACGAUCGAGCUCCAUAAGAUAUGAUAUGUCUAUAUUGGAAUGAUCGAAGUCAAUUGGUAAUUGAUUCAAUCAAUGAUUUUAGAUUUUUCCUAUAAUUUCUAAACAAAAUGCUCAACUACCACCAAACUAAACCAAAUUCGUCAAAUUUGUUGAAAAGUAUUUUCGGAAUACCUUUUCAAUAAUAUAUAUCUAAGAGUUCCUAAACUCAUUGGGAUCUUAGUGUUUUUUUUAAAACAAACUAAUCCCCAAGUGUAUAGAUAUAAGUUUCAUUGUGAUUUAUUCAAAUGAGACAAAAAAGUAUUAUUUCUACCACGGAUUUUGAGAACAUACUGUUUGUUUGCUCGAAAUAGUGUCUUUUGGAGAUUCGUUUCCAAAAUGACAAGUGGGAUAAAAUAGACCUAGAAAGUCUUCGAGGCGAACAACAAACAUAAACGAACAUUCCGGAGGCUUUUGGAAGUUCUUAAGAAAAUCCGAACACUUAUUCUUUAAGGAUUUUAGAAAUGUCUUUAAAGAAUGUAUCUCUUAGAAGACUUUACGAGUGCUUCAAGGAGAUACGAAUAUUCAAAGGACUUUCAAAGUGGCUAUUGAUAUUUUUAUGUUUGAUGUUUUAUACCAAAAUAGCCAUAGGGUUCAGGUCACUAAAGCUAUGAGAUUCUUCUAUCAGAUAGUGAAGAAACCUAUGACUUGCAGUGAAACUAUUAAUAUGAAUAUUAAUGAGUUUGUGACUUGUAAGAAAUCUAUGACGAAACUCAGAUUCCCUAAAAUGGUUAGAGGCCAUAUAUAGACUCAAUGUUUUGAUGAAAAAAUUAAAAUUUUGUUGAUUUGCAAGAAUAAUUUACACCUAUUGGUUUCAAAUUAGUUUUAAGGAUGAAAACCAUAAAAACAUAGAAUGGUGUUGUCACACAAAGCUAGAUUAGUUGCUAAAAGGUUACAAGAAAUUUCACUGCAUGGAUUGUGUUGAAACCUCAUGCAUAAUCGCAAUGCUCAAGUCUAUAAAUCAAGUAAUGAUUGCAUAUUGGUUUAUAUGGAAAUUGGGUGACAAAAUGUAUUCCUCAAUCAAAUGAUGGAAGAAACUAUGUACAUGAAAUGUCAUAGGAUUUGUGGAUCCAAAUAAUUCUUGAAAUGCUAGCUUAUGAAAUCCAAGUAUGGAUGAUGAGCGACAUUUAUGUCGCUCUUAGCCUAGGAUUUUAUGUUAGUUUUUAUGCUUUUUAUAGUUUUUGUAGCUUUUUGUGUGAGAUUUAUAAGUUUUGUUCCAUCUUGUGC